CACUUCUUUGCAAACCGCUUUUCCUCUACCGACUUGGAUUACCUAUUCUCGUUGUCUCCCGUCGUAACUUAAACGGGAUCAUCAGCGAGGCUAGCUCGUUUCUGCCUUCAAGCUCCUAUCCUUUCCAGAAUCACAUUUCCGAUCACACCGAACAGCUGUUGCAAUUAAUACCAUAGACUCAAGCUCUAAUAUACACCAUGCGUGAAGUUAUUAGUUUGCACGUCGGUCAAGCUGGUUGUCAGCUUGGUAAUGCCUGCUGUGAGCUUUAUACGAUUGAACACGGUCUCAGCCCCGAUGGACGUAUCACUUCCCCAACUGCCAGAGGGGAUGAUGGUUUCAGUACCUUCUUCAGCGAGACGGGAUCUGGUAAAUACGUGCCUAGGAGUAUCUACAUGGAUCUCGAGCCAAACGUGGUAGAUGAAGUUCGAACGGGUACCUAUAGGAAUUUGUUUCAUCCCGAGACCAUGGUGACUGGUAAAGAAGAUGCCGCCAAUAACUACGCCCGUGGUCAUUAUACUGUCGGAAAGGAGUUGAUCGAUCUAUCGAUGGACCGGAUCCGCAAGUUGGCAGACAACUGUACAGGUCUCCAAGGUUUCUUUGUCUUUCACUCCUUUGGAGGUGGUACCGGUUCAGGUUUUGGAGCGCUUCUUCUCGAGCGCCUCAGUGCCGAUUACGGGAAGAAGUCCAAAUUGGAGUUUGCCAUCUAUCCGGCCCCCAACAUGUCGAGCUCAGUUGUCGAACCUUACAACUCUGUUUUGACCACCCACACCACGCUUGAACAUGUCGAUUGUAGUUUCAUGGUUGACAAUCAGGCAAUCUACGAGAUCUGUCGGAAGAAUCUUGGGGUUCAAUCCCCGGGGUUCACCAACUUGAAUCGAUUGAUUGCUCAAGUGGUCUCAUCUGUCACCGCAUCCCUUCGAUUCGACGGAAGUCUUAAUGUAGACCUCAACGAGUUCCAGACCAAUCUGGUUCCGUUCCCUCGGAUUCACUUCCCUUUGGCCACUUAUGCACCUAUCAUCAGUGCCGAUAAGGCUUUCCACGAGAGCAACAGUGUAGCCGAGAUGACGAUGUCUUGUUUUGAACCCACAAACCAGAUGGUCAAGUGUGACCCUCGUCAAGGCAAAUAUAUGUCCUGUGCACUUCUCUACCGUGGUGAUGUUGUUCCACGUGAUGCAAACGCUGCGGUUGCAACGAUCAAGACGAAGCGUACGAUUCAAUUUGUCGACUGGUGCCCGACUGGAUUUAAGCUCGGGAUCUGUAAUGAGCCUCCUGCCUCAGUCCCGGGCAGCGAUACCGCAAAAGUCUCUCGAAGUCUUUGCAUGCUUAGUAACACUACCGCUAUUGCAGCUGCGUGGAGUAGACUUGAUCACAAGUUUGAUCUUCUCUACAGCAAGCGUGCAUUUGUUCAUUGGUAUGUUGGAGAAGGAAUGGAAGAGGGUGAAUUCUCAGAGGCUCGUGAAGAUCUCGCAGCUCUUGAGAAAGAUUACGAGGAAGUCGGAUUGGAUGGUGCUGAUGAGGAGGAACCUGGCGAAUAUUGAGCUAUCGUACUUUGUUUUACAUGGUUACCCACAACCUUUGGAUGUGCAUUAUACAUUUGAUAAUCAAGCAAAUAUAUAUCAUUUAAGUCCUGUCCCAC